UGAUUUUAUUUCUCAGUGCUGCUUUUGAUUUCUUUAUAGACAGAUUUAUGCGGAUUUGAUCCGACAAAGCGUAUAUAGGUACUGUAAAUAUGCAGUAUACGGUAACGUAUUGGAUAUGGAGAGGGGCAUACAUUCGUUCCUCGAACCAAUCUCCACACGCGUAUUUGUCGUGUAUGUUCUUUCACAUUGUACGCAGGUGUACGUCUGUACGCAUCCGCGAUACCGUAAUCCCGGGGAAAGAAGCCGGCUUGCUCUUCGAACAUAUUUUCUGUUAUAUCUCGAACAACAAUCAUUCGUAUAAAUCGGCUAUUUUUUCUAUCGUCUCACAACAAAAUAUUUCUCGUAUCAAAACAUGUUAUUUCGUACGAAACGUGAAUAGAUCUUCUGUAUUAGUCUCAGUGUCUCUUGUAAAUAAAACCAACUCUGAAGCCUGAAUGUCCUUGAUUACAACCGAUCUUUGGAGAAUUACUGCGUUAUGCGAAUUACUGUGGAAUACGUAAAAGCGUUCUAUUUAUUAACAGAUAAGAGACUCGUAUUUUAAUCAGUGUACUUGUCGGUGCGUCGGAGGAAAGUCGUAUAAAAAUGACGGCUACCGAAGAAACAGAACCAUUGAUAUCUACGACAUCUUCUGUUAAUAAGAUUCAAAGAGUCACUUAUCGUACAAUUUCCUUCGAAGAUGAAGGAAAUACAUUGGACAGAAACUCUGAGAACUCGUUUGAUCUUAAGCCGAUUUCGAGCUUGUCGACAACCGCAGAUUUUAACAAUGAAAAUUUUGACAACAAUAUUACGUAUAUGUGGAGCAAUUUGAAUGUGUAUUGCAGCGUGAAAAAUGACAGAAUUUGGGAUCGGCUGAUGUUCAGGUCCAGAAAAUUCGUUGCGCAAAAGCACAUAUUAAAAGAUGCAUACGGAGUAGCUUACCCCGGUGAACUGCUCGUAAUUAUGGGUGCGUCAGGCGCAGGCAAGACGACUUUAUUGAACGCACUGACGUUUCGUUUAGCAAACGGACUGUCUGCAUCCGGUCUGAUGGCCGCCAAUGGCCAAAGAAUAUCACCGGGCGUUCUUACCUCAAGGAUGGCUUAUGUGCAACAAAACGAUCUGUUUGUUGGCACGCUCACCGUGACGGAACACCUAAUGUUCCAAGCGGCAGUGCGAAUGGAUCGGCAAAUCCCUCGUAAUCAGAGAAUUAAGCGAGUUAAUGAAGUCAUUAAUGAACUCGCUCUGUCGAAAUGCCGAAACACAGUGAUUGGAAUACCCGGUAGAAAAAAGGGACUCUCGGGAGGCGAGAUGAAGAGAUUGUCUUUCGCUUCCGAGGUACUGACCGACCCUCCAUUGAUGUUAUGCGAUGAGCCAACGUCGGGUUUGGAUUCCUUCAUGGCUCAUCAGGUUGUUUCCAUUCUGAAAGCAUUGGCGGCACGUGGUAAAACGAUCAUCGUCACUUUACAUCAACCGUCUUCGGAGCUGUUCGCUCUGUUUGACAAGAUUCUGCUGAUGGCCGAGGGAAGAGUCGCUUUUAUGGGUACAGCUGCGCAAGCUUGUACUUUCUUCAAGACACUCGGAGCUGCCUGUCCCAGCAAUCACAACCCUGCUGACUUCUUUGUGCAAGUGUUAGCUGUGGUACCGGGACGCGAGCAAACUUGUAAACACGCGAUCGAAAUGACAUGCGAUACCUUCCGGAGAAGCGAAUACGGUGCAAAUAUCAUUCUGAAGGCUGAGGCCGUUCAUGACGAAUUCGAAGAUACUCUCAGAUGGUUCAAUCAUUCCAAGAAUUCCAGCCGAUCGGUUUACAAAGCCAGCUGGUGUGAACAAUUCCGUGCGGUUCUAUGGCGAUCUUGGCUAUCGGUGAUUAAAGAACCGAUCCUCAUUAAAGUCCGCUUCCUGCAGACUAUCAUGAUCUCGUUGUUGAUCGGCAUCAUUUACUUCGGUCAGCGAAUAGAUCAGGACGGUGUGAUGAACAUCAAUGGCGCCCUAUUUAUCUUCCUUACCAAUAUGACUUUCCAAAAUGUCUUCGCAGUCAUUAACGUGUUCUGCGCCGAGUUACCGAUAUUUCUUCGCGAACACAAGAACGGUAUGUAUCGCACCGAUGUCUACUUCAUCUGCAAGACGUUAACAGAAGCGCCGAUAUUUUUAGCGAUACCGAUGAUCUUCACCGCCAUAGUUUAUCCUAUGAUUGGUCUUUAUCCAGACGUAAAGCACUUCUUCGUCGCUACUGCUAUAGUAGCUCUCGUCGGCAACGUGUCGACUUCAUUCGGCUAUUUAAUAUCUUGUAUUAGCAAUCGCGUAUCUGUGGCGCUCUCCGUUGGUCCCCCAGUUAUAAUUCCAUUUUUACUUUUUGGCGGCUUUUUCCUAAACACAGCAUCCGUACCAUCCUAUUUCGUAUGGUUUUCAUAUUUAUCUUGGUUUCGUUAUGGCAACGAAGCACUUUUGAUCAACCAGUGGUCAGAGGUCGAUUCUAUAGCGUGCACCAGAAGCAAUGUGACAUGUCCAAAAUCGGGACGCAUGAUUCUCCAAACUUUUAAUUUUAAAAAAGAGGACUUUUGGAUGGAUAUUAUCUGCUUAUUUGUGCUUAUCAUCGCGUUCCGCUUUCUGGCAUUUUUCGCGCUACUAUCAAAAACCUUCCGCUCAAAGUAGCCUUAUAUAUAUAUAUAUAUAUAUAUAUAUAUAUCAUCAGCAACGAUUUAAUUCUAAUGCUGUGUGUACUUUUAAUAAACAAUUUUAAUAACAUUUUUGUAUCUUGCACUUGAGUGUCUCCGCCAUCAAAAAGAUAUUCACAAUAACUCAAUAUCACACUUAAUAUAUAUAUUAUUAUUUUGAAAAAUUACUGCUUAAA